ACUGGCCCAGCACGGGAGCCGCAUCCCCCCCGCACGGCCGCGGCAGCGCACCAUUCCACUCUCCACCCAUCGCCUCCCAUGGCGACCAGGGCGGCGGCAGCCACGCUCACGGCGGCCACGUCCUCUCUCCUCAGGCGCUCUGCCUCGCUGCGGCCGCAGGUUCUCCGGGUCCCCCACCGCGUGCCUCCCCGAAGAUUUGUGCGCCAUAUUGCUUCAUCAACAAAUGAGGAAGCUGCUGCCAGAGCAGCCGCCGCCACCGCUGAUACUGGAGGACCUACCAUUUUUGACAAGAUCAUUGCAAAGGAAAUUCCUUCAAGUAUAGUAUAUGAAGAUGAAAAUGUCUUGGCAUUUAGAGAUAUUAAUCCACAAGCCCCUGUACACGUUCUAGUCAUCCCAAAAGUGAGAGAUGGGCUAACUGGAUUAGACAAGGCUGAGCCAAGGCAUACUGAAAUUCUGGGCCAGCUUCUUUACGCGGCGAAAGUAGUAGCAGAAAAGGAAGGUGUAGCAAAUGGGUACCGUGUCGUCAUCAACAAUGGAGCUGAAGGAUGUCAAUCUGUCUAUCAUCUGCACUUGCAUGUACUCGGUGGAAGGCAGAUGAAGUGGCCCCCUGGUUAAAUUAUGAAGGGGGACAUGUUUGAUUUCUUUUGUGUCGAGCAUACCCUCUUUCCAAAAAGAGAGUGAUGUACUAGUAUCUGCCCCUGUGAUUGCCCCCUUUUGAGCACUCAUCUCUGGAAUUACUGAGCUUUUGCAGCAUUUUGCUAAGGAAAAACUUUUGCAGCAGAUUUUUUGAGAAUAUUAAACAGGUUUUAGAAUUAUCCUACAAAACAAUCAGCUGUGCAUAUUUCAGAUUGUUUGAACAUAUGUUUUUACCCAUAUGGCACAUCUUCAAGAUUGUUUGAACCAUCCAAGUGCUGAGCGGGAUUGUUAA